AUAAUGUCAACAAAACUGACGUGUACUUGCAAAAUAAAUACCAAAAUAAUAGUGCAAUAAUUAAAUUCCAUGUAGUUGUAACGAAGUAAACAAUGGCAGAUACAGAUAGACGUCAACCUGAGGGAGAACCAUCUGGAGAGGGCUCCGAGCGGCGGGGAGAGGGUGAUGCGCCACCAGCUGUGUCCGAACGCGAAGCCUAUUUCCAGGCUCUGCGACUAUGGAUACAACAAGCGCAGAUGUUUCAAAACCUCUCAACAUGUUUUCCUUAUUAUAUGAUGACUUUCCAAGGCCUACAGAACAACGCAACGAAUGUGCCGCUUUUGAAUAAUAACUACCAGUUUCAGGGGCCUUUUCAAAUUCCAAACCCCCCCAGGAAUGUCCCUGAUCCACAGCCACAAGCUGAGGCAAUAACACCGGCUGAAGUAAUUGCCAGACAUGGAGGUUACGAGUAUAUAAUACCUCAAUUGUACAAAAGAUUGGCUGCUGAAUUCAUUGACUUUAUGUUGCUGUUUAUUCUAAAACUCAUCGUCACAUUUAUUGCUGUGGACAUGUUUGAACUGAUUGAUUUGGAAAAAUUUGACUUCUACAAGUUCAGUGAACACUAUGACGAUUACAAAUAUGCAAUGGAGUUAACAUCUGAAAUAUUGUUUUUAGAGGUCAUCUAUAGGAUACUAGUGUGUAUAUUUGAGGCCUUCUGCUUAUGUGGCAGCAUUGGCCGCACCGGCGGCGCGACUCCCGGCAAAGCUCUCCUCGGUCUAAGGGUAGUGACUGCCUCUGCGGUGGUACCAGUGGAAGGACGUCGAAAAGAGACAGUCCUUUUGUACCCCGGGAAGCCACUCAGUUUCCCCAUAGCUCUUGUUCGGUCUAUAAUGAAGAAUUUCCUCAUUUCCUUGCUGUUCCCUCUAUGUGUCAUCCUAUUUGUAUUCAGACAUAAUAGAACCGGCUAUGAUUUGCUGUGUGGUGUUAUUGUUGUGGAAGAGAACAUGUACCCUCCUCGGAGACAUGCUCCGUAAAAGAUAUUUUGUUAAAAUAUUCCACUGUUUUUUUCAUUUUCAAUAUUCAUCAAACAACAUUCUUAGGUCAUUUGUUUGUUGGCAUAUGUUUUCCUUUUCUCCCCAAAAUCUUCUAAAGUUUUGUACAUUACUGUUGUUUUGACCACUCUAUUGUAUAAACAUAAAGGACCCAUGAUAUUGUCACGUUUUAUUACUGUAAUAUCUCAAGAAGUCUGUUGCCUGUUAACCUUUAUUUCUUUUUUCCAACCAUUCCCACUUACAUUUUUAGAAAAUAGUUUUGGCUCCCUGUAUCUUCUGUUACGGAAGACUUAUUUGUGACCUUUAAUCUCAAUUCUAUCAUUAAGCCAUACAAUUGAAUGUAGCUUUUGCAGUCUUAUUGGCUCUGUCUACCUCGUAAAGGAUAAAGACCUUACUAUGUAUGUAUGUCUGUCCUUGUCUCCUUUCUGUAGUUCUUUUAUAUGUUAUCUCAUCUUGAUCUAGUUUUGGUGUGUUUAUUCACACCCAGGUCUUAAAAACUAGUUAAAAAUUGGCAACAAAGCAAGGCAAGUUUAAAAUUUGUUAUAUUGCGGUAUAAUUUGGAAGUGCAAAUUAUCAUAAGUUUUAUACAUAUAAUAGCCAAUAUUGUAAUUGGCUAUUAUAGGUUUCUUAAUUAAAAUAUUUUUUUUCUGUAUUUAAACUGUAAAUGAGGUGUUAUAAUUUUAGUUAGGAUCAACAUUUAGACGAACCAAAAAUUCAGUUAAUUUUUAAAUUGGUUUCUAGUUAUAAAAUGUUAAAAUUAUUUUGAAUUGGAUAUGGCCCAUAUUCAGUGAUAUAUUUCAUAGAUUUUAUUAAACAAUAAUUAUUGUAACAUAUUGAAAUUUGUGAAAUGAUUGGUAUUUUAAAAUACUGUUUUGUAAAUAUUCAAAUAAACGUUAAAAAUCA